AAUAGGACCAGCAGGCCUCAAGCUUAGGACAUUAUUUGUAGUAACUAGUAGUUGUAGGAUGUCUUCAAAGCGGACUCCACUACCUAGCAGAUAGCACAUGCGUCAAGCCCACUAAUGACCCUGCUUGCUCCGUGUAUCUAUGGGCAUUUUCGAAAUGCAUGGAUUCGGCUUAGACUUCAGUUUUGCUGGUUCCAGCCAUUUUGAAGCAGUGUUGGAAAGCACAUGUUCUUGUCUUGUCAAUGCAUGUAGCCAGCCGCUCAGAUCGUGGACUGGCGGAAGUCAGUGAGCCCAAUUCUACCUUUCGUAGUCCAGAGACAACCUUUGCUCCUACACGCUCUCCAGCCCCAGGUGGCAUGAUGACACAACGCGUAGGCCACGUGACUUUCCAGGAAGAAGAAGCAGAUGAUGGAGAAGAUGUUGCCACAGCCAUCCCAUCUGUCAAUGAACGGCUAGGUCACUUGCGGCCCUCCAGAGAACUAUUAGAGUACUAUCGAAAAAAGAUUGCAGAAUUUGAUGGGGAACACGAGGACAUGCUGAACAGGCUUGAACAAUACAAAAUGACCUAUGAACAGCAGCAUAAGCUUGAGUGGGAGUUGCGACAACGUGAGGAGGAGAUUGUUGAGCUACAGAAAGCACUGAGUGACAUGCAGGUCUACCUCUUCCAGGAGAGAGAUCAUGUCCUACGACUCUUUGCUGAGAAUGACCGCCUUAAGAUUCAAGAACUAGAAGACAGAAAGAGAAUCCAGCAUUUGUUGUCGCUGUCAAGCCCAGCAGGUCCUGAGGUGACAUACUUUCACAAGGAGCCGCCAUCAAAGGCUAUUGUCACACAGAAACACCUGCAGAAGAGAUACCCACAUGCAGAGGGUGAAAAAGUGGGUUUAAAAGCAGAGGUGCUAAUAAGACCUCAGAGUAACAGAACAAGGAGGGAAGCACAGGAUAGAGUAGCUGCCAAGACAAAAGGCAAACAGCGGCCUGCCAGUGGCCAACAGAAAGCUGUGCAGUCUGAGGGUGGUGGGCACCAGGAAGACCGUGAGAUCCUUCUGCUACAGAUUGAGGCCCUGCAGUCUCAGAUGAAGGAGCAGGCUGAGCUCUCUAGGGAACAGACUGAAGCUUUGCUGGAGGAUCGUAGGGUCAGGAUAGAGGAGAUGCAGACUGUGAUUGAGAGGGACUGCUCCAAAAUCCAGUCCCUCAAUGAGAAAUUACAUCGCACUCAGCAGAUGUUAUAUGACAGCACCAAGGACUAUCUAGAACUGAAGUAUGAAGGUCGAUCGCAAGAACGAGGCUGGAUGGCAGAGAAAGAUCAGCUCCUGCAAGAGCUUGACCACUGCAAGGAACAACUAGAUGUGUCUAAAGAUGAUGUGUUGGUCAUCUCGGACCAUGCACUUGAAGAAAGGCAAACCCAGAGCCUGGAAAUUGAAUCCUUAGAAAACCAACUUCAACAGGCACAGAAGUUGGCCGAUAUGUAUCGUGAACAGGUGAUAGGCCUGGAGGAUGAACUAGCUAGGAUCCGGGAAAGGGAUGAUGUCAGCAAGGAUGCUUACAAGGACAAGAUGGUAAAACUGGCUAAGCGUUUGCAGCUUAUGAACCAACGAUACGACGCACUGGAGAAGCGAAGGAACCUGGAGAUUGAAGGAUUCAAGAAUGAUACCCGCAUCCUGAGAACCAGACUCAAAGAUGUAGAGAAGCAACUCUACAAGAUGACUGUGGGUGUUGGUGAAGAGGGAGACAUGUUGAUGCUGCAUGACAUCCACCAGACAGCUAGGAGAUCUAAGAAAAUGCAGGGUGAGCUGCAUCAGCUGAAGGCAUUCAUCUAUGGUAUGGAGAACGAUCUCAGGAACCUCUAAUAACCACACAGUUCUGUGUGGUGUGAAGAAUGACCUCGGAGACCUCUGAUAACCCCACAGUUUUCAUCUAUGGUAUGGAGGACGAUCUCAGGAACCUCUGAUAACCUCAAGAUUCUGAUCUAUUGCAUGGAGGAUGACCUCAAAAAAUCUGAUAAUCCUACAGUUCUCAUCUGUGGUACGGAGAAUGACCUCAGAAACCUCUGAUAACCCCAAAGUUCUCAUCAAUGGUAUGGAGAAUGACCUCAUAAACCUCUGAUAACCCCAAAGUUCUGAUCAAUGGUAUGGAGAAUGACCUCAGAAACCUCUGAUAACCCCAACGUUCUGAUCAAUGGUAUGGAGAAUGACCUCAGAAACCUCUGAUAACACCAAAGUUCUGAUCAAUGGUAUGGAGAAUGACCUCAGAAACCUCUGAUAACCCCAAAGUUCUGAUCAAUGGUAUGGAGAAUGACCUCAGAAACCUCUGAUAACCCCAAAGUUCUGAUCAAUGGUAUGGAGAAUGACCUCAUAAACCUCUGAUAACCCCAAAGUUCUGAUCAAUGGUAUGGAGAAUGACCUCAGAAACCUCUGAU